AUGUCUGACAACGGUGAGGUCGAAGUCGAGGUUCCCUCCACCAACUCUACCAUCCUUCCCAAGGAUGUCACCUCUGAGAUUGGCAGCGUGAAGCUGUUCAACAAGUGGAGCUACGAAGAUGUUGAAAUCAGAGAUAUUUCCCUGACUGACUACAUUCAAAUCCGUACUCCCGUCUACAUCUCCCACUCUGCCGGCCGAUAUGCUGCGAAGCGUUUCCGCAAGGCGCAGUGCCCGAUCAUCGAGCGUCUCACCAACUCCCUGAUGAUGAACGGCCGAAACAACGGCAAGAAGCUUAUGGCUAUCAGAAUCGUUGCGCACUCUUUCGAGAUCAUCCACAUCAUGACCGACCAGAACCCCAUCCAGAUCGCUGUCGAUGCUAUUGUCAACUGCGGGCCCCGCGAAGACAGCACCCGCAUCGGAUCCGCUGGUACCGUCCGAAGACAAGCCGUCGAUGUCUCUCCUCUCCGCCGUGUCAACCAGGCCAUUGCCCUGCUCACCAUCGGUGCCCGUGAAGCCGCUUUCCGUAACGUCAAGAGCAUUGCCGAGUGCCUCGCCGAGGAGUUGAUCAACGCUGCCAAGGGUAGCAGCAACUCGUAUGCCAUCAAGAAGAAGGACGAACUGGAGCGUGUUGCCAAAUCUAACCGGUAA